AUUCUUCUUUAGAAAAAAUGGGAAUAAUUAGCCUUUCCUGAUCUGGACAACAACAAAAAAAAACACAUAUAAGAUCACAGAUUAACCAAACACACACACACACACACACACACACACACACACACACACAUAUGUAUAUGUGUGUGUGUGUGUGUGUGUAUCAUUUAAGGGGCAUUACCUGCCUGACUAUAAUAUGUUACGAGUUUGUCAUUACCAUUGUCUAAUAUAUAUUGGUUGGGGUAGCUUUGUAGAUUGCGGUGAUUGAAUAUUUUGGAUCCAAAACUUUGAACCUUCCGUCUCUAGUGCCUCUAGUCCCACAUCUCUCUCUCUCUCCCUCCCCCCGGUUCAUCAGCCAUGGGACCCGAAGCUCGAGAUCCGUUAAAGAUAUUCUUCUUCCCUUUGAUGUCCCCGGGCCACAUGAUCCCCAUGCUCGACAUCGCCAAGCUCUUCUCCCGCCGCGGCGUCUCCGCUACUGUCGUCACCACCCCCGGCAACGAGCCCCUCCUCCGCCCCUCCAUCGACCGUGCCAACUCCACCAACCACCAUCCUCUAAUCCACCUCCUCCUCCUCCCCUUCCCCCCUCCGUCCACCACCUCCUACCCUCCGGCCGGGAGAACCUUGGCUCCAUGUCCGCCUCCGACCACGCUGACUUAUUCACCGCCAUCGACGCCCUCCGCCGCCCCUUAGCCGAACUCCUCCGCGCCCACCGCCCCGACUGCCUCGUCUCCGACUCCAUCUUCCCCUGGACAGCCGACGCUGCCCUCGCACUCGGCAUCCCCCGCCUCGUCUUCCACGGCCCCGGCGCCUUCCCCCUCUGCGUCCACCGCAGCCUCGAGCUCCACAACCCCCACGCCGGCGUCUCCUCCGACUCCGAGCCCUUCGCAGUCGAGGGCCUUCCGGACCGCAUCCAAAUGACCCGCUCCGAGAUCUCCCCCAUCUUCUUCUAUCCCGACUUCCUUCGAUCUAUAACAGAGGCCGAGGAGAAGAGCUUCGGCAUCGUCGUCAACACCUUCUACGAGCUCGAGCCGGCCUACGCCGAGCUCUACAGGAAGCCACCCGGUCCGCGAGCGUGGUUCGUGGGCCCGGUCUCCCUUUCCGAUAAGGACGAGGCCGACCGAGGCGGCCGGGCCCACCCGGCCCACAGCCGAUGGCUGAGCUGGCUGGACUCCAGGGCAGAGAACUCCGUCGUCUAUGUGUGCUUCGGCAGCCUCUGCGAGUUCUCCGGCGAGCAGCUCCGGGAGAUCGCGCUGGGCCUUGCGGCCUCCGGCUACCCCUUCUUCUGGGUGGUGAAGGAGAAGGGUGACGUGGCUGGCGAGGAUUGGCUGCCGGAGGGGCUCGAGGAGAGGGGUGUGGUGGUGAGGGGGUGGGCCCCGCAGGUGGUGGUGCUGAACCACGCGGCGGUGGGGGGUUUCGUGACGCACUGCGGGUGGAACUCGACGCUGGAGGGGGUGGCGGCGGGAGUGCCGAUGGUGACGUGGCCGCUGUCGUACGAGCAGUUCGUCAACGAGAAGUUCUUGACCGAGGUGGUGGAGAUGGGUGUGAGGGUGAGGAGGGGAGGGAGCGGAGGAAGUGGGGUGGUGAGGGGGGAGGAGGUGGCGGCGGCGUUGGCGGCGGUGAUGGGCGGCGGAGAGGAGGCGGAGCGGAGGAGGAGGAGGGCGAGGGAGUACGCGGCGGCCUCAAGGGCGGCGGUGGAGGAGGGAGGCUCCUCGUACCAGGACAUUGGCCGGCUGGUGGCGGAGCUGGCAGCCGCCCGCGCGGCGAGGAGGGGGGAGACGGGACAGUGAAAGCAGGAGAGCGAGGCCGUGGCGGUACCGUUGUGAGACGGGAAAGCUGUGUCGUCUACAAGUUUUGGAUGGAAUAAAAAUGAGUUGGCUUUGAGAACGCCAGAAAAUAUAAAAUAUAUAAAUAAAUUUAUUGUAUUCUAUAAGCUUAAGUUUUUAAGAUAAGAAUGAGAUAGGCGUAGCCUUGUAGGGUUUACUCCCAGUAUCUUGUAUUUAAUUUUUUUUUUAAAAUAAAUUCUUCUGUUUCAAACCUGCAACUAAUCAA